AUGGAAACACGUCGCAGACGGCGUGAUGAGGAUCCUGAGCAUCGGCAUGUUUCGCCGGCGCGCCGCGUUAGAGGCAGGCCACGACGUGCGCAGGUUCAACGUGAGGAGACGGAUCAGGUGACUCCUUCUGCUCCGCCUCCACCUCCUCCUUCUUCGAUGCCUCCGUUGCCCUCACCGUCGUCCUCGCCAGAGCGGCAGAGGUCACCCACAACGUCAGGAGGAGAGACUCAGGCACCUCAAGCACCGAUCUCCAGCCAAGAUUGGAGACGUCUGAUUAGUAGCAUUGACGAUAUACGACAGCGAAACGAAUAUCUCCAAGAGCAACUAGAGUAUUAUCGUUUUGAGCAGCAAGAUGAGGGAGAGCGCGAGGCAGAGGCUGUGGCUGAGUUCGAACCAUUUUUAGCGGCGGUGAGAGAAGUUGCCAUUCCGGACAAUAUGAAGAAUAUAGUGCUGGAAACCUACAGUGGAAAGGCUGAUCCCAAAGAGCACCUGCUGUAUUUCAACACGAAGAUGGUGAUCAGCGCCGCUUCUGAUGCUGUCAAGUGUAGGAUGUUUCCAGCCACAUUCAAAGGCACAGCAAUGGCGUGGUUCACGACUCUACCACGAGGAUCCAUCACGAACUUUCGUGACUUCUCAUCCAAAUUCCUUGUCAAGUUCUCGACGAGCAAAGCAAAGCAGGUGACGAUUGAAGAUUUGUACAAUGUGCGUCAAUCUAAGGGCGAGACUUUGAAGCAGUACGUGAAGCAGUUCAGCGCUGCGUCAGUAAAGAUACAGGAAUUCGAGCCAAAUGCUUGUGCCCGCGCCUUUAAAAACGGAUUGCAGCCAGGAAAGCUAAAUAGUAAAUUGAGCCGAAAGCCAGCCAAGUCAAUGGCGGAGGUGCGAGCUCGGGCGAACACGUACAUACUUGACGAGGAGGAUGACGCUUUUAAGCGGAGAUGCAUGAAGGUAGAGAAGGAUGGCGACCAGAGUGACGUGUCACCAGAAGAUAAGCCGGACAAGGAGAAAGUAGAGGGAAGCAGAAGAAGGGACAGGAAGGUUCGAACAGAGGAAGGGGCGCCGAGGGAAUCUUUGUAUCCCUAA